AUGGCCGAUCGACGGAGGAUUAACGGACCAGCUGGUGCCACAAUGCCCCCGGUCUACGAGACAUCCGACGCGCAAUCGACCCGUAGAGCAAGGCCAGCGAACGGUAUUCGAGGACUUUUCCUCAAGACGGGCGUGACCCCCACAGCAUCAGGUUCUGCUUAUAUGGAAAUUGAACCUCCCCAAUGCCAAACCAACGCAAAUUUCAACUUCAAUGGCAUGAAACUUAUUUGCACCGUACAUGGACCCCGCUCUCUUCCUCGGUCCGCACCUUUCUCUCCCUAUCUCGUACUUUCAACUCACGUCAAGUAUGCACCAUUCGCUACACGUCAACGCCGGGGUUACAUCCGCGACUCGAGUGAAAGAGAUCUUAGCGUUCACCUAGACACAGCCCUGCGAGGAGUCAUUAUUGCUGAUAGGUGGCCCAAAAGUGGCGUCGACGUCAUUGUCACCAUCAUUGAAGGCGACCAAGAGCGUGAGGCUUCUUAUGCACAGGGAAACGAUGAGUGGGACAUCAUGAAUGUUUUGAGCGGGUGUAUUACGGUUGCGGCCGCCGCUUUAGCAGAUGCUGGCAUUGACUGCGUGGAUAUGGUUACGGGCGGUGUUGCAGCACUAGUCGCCGGGGCUGGCGACGAUUCCUCUGCGCCUUCGAUCGUCCUGGAUCCUAUCUCUAUAGAACACGAGAGAAUCUUGGCCGCUUGCUGCAUUGCCUACUUACCGAGCCGCACCGAAAUCACCAAUCUUUGGGUCAAGGGUCAGCUCCCGCCAGCAGACCCCUUACUCCACGCGAAACUUAUGGGCCGAGCAAUUCAAGCUGCCAAAGGGAACUAUCGUGCUGUCUUGGAAAGGCUUCAGGAUAACCAACCACCCAACAGUUAA